CUCUUCUGUCUGUCAACGUCUGUUCCCGAGAGCGCCGAAAGAAAAGCAAGGGACACUUUUAUGUUUAACCUAUUCCUUUUUACACCAAGUCUACCAAGAAUGGGAAUCUACUGCCUUUCUUUACAUCUGGGAGUUUACUGAUGCACCUGUUGAUUGAGGAAGACUCGGCGCGUUUAAGAAUGAACAAAGUUGCUGUGAUGAAGUCUGAGCUUCACUUGGACGACGGCAGGAGAGCAGAGGAGAGGAACAGACUGAACUGUGCAGACGUACCUCAGACAAGUUUAGCAGAAGGACAGAGCGCGGACCUGCUGCGAUGCCAAGAGUCCGCAGAACACAACUCUGCCAUGAAGUACAGAAGAUAUGGGUCCCGUCUGACUGGCGUAAAAGUUCGUCACAAAAGACAGGUGUUGCAGGACAUGGCCCGGCCCCUGAAACACUGGUUAUACAAACACCGGGACAACCCCUACCCGACUAAGACCGAGAAGGUCCUACUCGCUUUGGGCUCGCACAUGACACUAGUACAGGUUUCCAACUGGUUUGCAAACGCCCGACGAAGGCUGAAGAACACAGUGAGGCAGCCAGACCUGAGCUGGGCCCUGAGGAUCAAACUAUACAAUAAAUAUAUCCAGGGAAACGCGGAGAGGCUGAGCAUGUGCAGUGAUGACACUGACUCAGAGGAUGAAGAAUGUCCCUUACAGACUCCCAUCAGCCAGUCAAACUUCAGCAGGUCAUCAUCCCACAAGAGCGUGCUGGAGAAACAAGGCAACAUGCUCACCAUGGCUGACUGCGCCAACAGUGAUGACAGCACGUCCCCUCCUUCCAAGUACAAGAGCAGUUUACUGAAUCGCUACCUGAACGACACCCUGCGGCACAUGAUGGUGGCGAAGGCCGAUGGCGUUGCGCCAGCCUGCAAGAGAAGAAGCCACUCCGAGUCGUUCAGUUCAAACGAAUGUGAUCGAGAUGUCGUCUCGCCUGCAUCGUCCUAUGAAACAGAGACCAACUUUGUCUACCAUAUGGAUACAAGCAACUACAAUUCAACUAAAUGUGACAGGGACCAGCAGCCGCUCAGAGGCCAGCAGAGACAAGAUGACCAAGGCUGGAGGGAGAUCCACGCUGCUGUGGCUCUGACAAGCUUGGCCCAGGGGCAGAGCUGCACUGCAGACCAGAGCAGUGCUCCAGUGUCCAGCGCUGCCACAGGGCAGAGCUACACCCGAGGGCCUCUCUCUGUAGCAAAGACCACUAUCACAGACGAGAUGAGCAACACAGGAUCUGCCUCAGGUCUACAGCAGAGCUGUGCCACCGGGCCCGCUCUCACCAACCGCAUCAUCCAGAAAUCCUCUCAUAUCUCUGAGGUCCAGACUGUCAAAGUCUCACUGGCAAACAGUGUGUAG